AUGGCCAUGAGCAGCUCCUCCGGCCAAUACUAUUCUCCAUGGCGCGGCGGCGCAACGACGACAACGCUGCUCCUGGCACUAGCCGCCGGCGGCCUCCUGCUACCGAUGACACUGGCACGAGGGUCCUCGGGUGAAGACGACCGGAUUCUGGGCCUGCCAGGGCAGCCGAACGACGUGGCGUUCGACAUGUACGGGGGCUACGUCACCGUCGACAAGCAAGCUGGCCGCGCGCUCUACUACUGGUUGCAAGAGGCCGACAAGACGGCGGUCGAGGACCCGGACACCGCGCCGCUCCUCCUCUGGCUCAACGGCGGGCCGGGCUGCUCCUCCAUCGGCUCCGGUGCGCUGGAGGAGCUCGGUGCGUUCCGCGUCCACGAAGACGGCGAGAGGCUGCUGCUGAACGAGUACGCGUGGAACAGAGCCCACGAUGCGUACACUUUCCUGGUGAAAUGGUUCGAGAGGUUCCCCAAGUACAAGUACCGCGAUUUCUACAUUGCCGGCGAGAGCUAUAUAUGGAGCAUGCACAUAUAUGAUAACUGGACGACAUACGAUCCCAUCGUUUCCAUGCUACCCAUCUACAAGGAGCUCAUUGGAGCUGGCCUCAAGGUGUGGGUCUUCAGGUAA